UAUGAAUUUCCUCUUCGAAACACUUGCUUCACACAGUAAGCUCUCUGCCUGAGAUACAGUAACUGUCAUUAGCACAGUGUUAAGACCGAGCCUGGACCAACGGGUGGACCAUCAGUCAGGGCAUCCUCUCUUACGACAUCCCCCAUCCUCCUCACCUUGCUCAGCAUCAGCCCCACCUUGCUCAGCAGAGAACUACCAUGAUCUCACUGAUGUUGGGCCUCCUCAUGCUCAUGCUGUUACAUGGAGUAGUUACCUUUCCUCUUGAGCUCAACCCUCCCAGAGUGGUGGUGAGAUAUAGAGACUCAGUCUCAGUCAACUGCAGCACAUCAUCCACAGACCAUGAUGGGAUGGGCUGGGAGGCCACAUUCGGAGGUAAAAGUUUAGAACAAGAUGUCAACGUUGUCACCUGGACUGUGGAAAACCUUACUGAUUGGACAAUAGAACCCAAAUGCUACAUCAAUCUCAAUGAUGGCAAACAACCCUCAAUAGUACUUCCAGUCAUUCUCUACAAGACUCCAGACAGAGUCUCCAUCUCUGUUCUGAGCCACUCUGGUCCCAUGGUGGAGGGGACACAGUACCAGCUGCAGUGUGACAUUCAGAACAUCGCUCCUCUACAGAACCUGGUUGUGAAGUGGUACAAAGGGAAUGAACCCUUAGAUAAUGUAACUUACAGUAAUGUCAGUAAGAGACCAGAGGAUGUGUCAGCUACUCUGAUGAUCAGCCCCAAUAGAAAUGAUGAUGGAGCUCAGUAUAGAUGUAGAGCAGAACUGGACCUGGGACCAGAGGGACCACAACCCCAUCCUACAGUGACAUCAGAACCUCUCAACAUUACUGUGCACUACGCUCCUGAGUUCCUUCCAGGGAAUGACACAGUGGAGGUGAGUGCAGGCAGUGAUGUGUCUCUGGACUGCAGUGCUGAGGGGAACCCUCCUCCUGAGCUGAGGUGGACCAACAACACUGCAGAGGGAAAUGCCAAUGAGACCACUGUGGGGCGCCUGCGUACUCUCAAUAUCUCCAGAGUAACAGCUAAUGCAACUUACAACUGCACAGUCACAAAUAGACUGGGCUCCAUCACCAAGCAGAUACAUGUCCUAGUAGAUGUACCUCCACAACAACACCCAACGAUGUUCUCCACAGCACCCUCAACUCCAGACACUAUGACCACCCUUCCAGGAACAGCCAAGCCAAAAGUAGUUACCUUUCCUCUUGAGCUCAACCCUCCCAGAGUGGUGGUGAGAUAUAGAGACUCAGUCUCAGUCAACUGCAGCACAUCAUCCACAGACCAUGAUGGGAUGGGCUGGGAGGCCACAUUCGGAGGUAAAAGUUUAGAACAAGAUGUCAACGUUGUCACCUGGACUGUGGAAAACCUUACUGAUUGGACAAUAGAACCCAAAUGCUACAUCAAUCUCAAUGAUGGCGAACAACCCUCAAUAGUACUUCCAGUCAUUCUCUACAAGACUCCAGACAGAGUCUCCAUCUCUGUUCUGAGCCACUCUGGUCCCAUGGUGGAGGGGACACAGUACCAGCUGCAGUGUGACAUUCAGAACAUCGCUCCUCUACAGAACCUGGUUGUGAAGUGGUACAAAGGGAAUGAACCCUUAGAUAAUGUAACUUACAGUAACAUCAGUAAAAGACCAGAGGAUGUGUCAGCUACUCUGAUGAUCAGCCCCAGUAAAGAUGACAAUGGAACUCAGUAUAGAUGUAGAGCAGAACUGGACCUGGGACCAGAGGGACCACAACCCCAUCCUACAGUGACAUCAGAACCUCUCAACAUUACUGUGCACUACGCUCCUAAGUUCCUUCUAGGGAAUGACACAGUGGAGGUGAGUGCAGGCAGUGAUGUGUCUCUGAACUGCAGUGCUGAGGGGAACCCUCCUCCUGAGAUGAAGUGGAACUACACCGCUGCACGCAAUGUGAAGUUGUCCACUGAGGGGCGCCAGAGGACUGUUAGAAUCACCACAGCUACGUCUACCAACGCUGGGAUCUACAUCUGCACUGCCACGAAUAUAGUUGGGACGGCCACCAGAACAACAACAUUAUUAACUAUGAAAGGUGGCUCCUCGAGUAUAAUUUAUACAUUUUUGGUGAUUGUAGUUUUCCUGGUUGUCCUGGUAGUCCUGAUAGUCUUCUGUAGGAGGAAGAAAAGACAAGGACAUUAUGAUUUCAUACCAGUCAACCAGCCAAACAACAUUCCAAUGAUGCCAAUGUCUACAACAGGGGAAGGCAACCAUGAUCCAGAGGGGUAUCCUACGAAGGUUUGAGGAGUUACCUCAGUAAAUUAGAUAAACUCUGAGUUCAACUCGGGAUAGCCAGUCAUAGGAGAGUGUCUCACCCUUUAGCCAGGUACAUUUCAGAACUAAUCAGCUCCUGGGCAGGCUAACUCCAGUCCAGUAGAGGUUACUGAGGGGAGGACGGUCCAUAAUAAUGGCUGGAACGGAGCGUGGAUACCAUUCCACUGAUUGCGCUCCAGCCAUUACCACGAGCCAGUCUUCUCCCGAUUAAGGUGCCAACAAUCUCCAUCCCUCCCGCUUGUAAAGAUUGCGUCAUCAUCUACUGCAUUUGAGGAAGACAAUCUUUUAUUCAUGAAAUGUUUUUUUGUGUCAAAUAUAUCACAUUCCAAAUUUUGUAAUGACAGAAUGCAUUUUAAACUUCACGCACAGUAACACGUUUGUACAACAUUAAAAUGAUUUGGUCUACAUGCAACACUGGGAUUUAAUAAAUAAAAUCCUUAAAAAUA